AUGGGGCACCAGCAGCUCUACUGGAGUCACCCGUGAAAGCCAGGGUUUCUCUCUUGCCACGGUCUGAGCCGGAAGUACGGGCUGAACAGGGGCGGGCAGUGUUUCCGCCAGUACGCAAAGGAGAUCGGCUUCAUAAAGUUGGACUAAGCGGCCUUCCUAGAAUGGAAUAUUCCAAGACCAUCCAGUGAAAGAUCAUGCUAGUUCUUUGUACAUAAAUAAAUUGUGA